UAAGACACCGGACGUUUCUGUCAGCUGACUCCUCACAUGACCGCAAAGCUCUGUGAGUAUAGUGAAAUAUUUCUCUUCGUUUUUCCGACAGAUUUAGCUUUUUUUCGAAGGUGCGCGAUGGCUGGUCGUGGCAAACUGAUCGCCGUUAUCGGCGACGAGGACACCUGCACUGGUUUCCUGCUCGGCGGUGUCGGGGAACUAAACAAGAACCGAAAACCCAAUUUCCUGGUGGUGGAGAAGGACACGAGCAUCACCGAGAUCGAAGAGACGUUCAAGAGCUUCUUGGCACGUAAUGACAUAGGCAUCAUCCUCAUCAACCAGUUCAUUGCUGAGAUGAUCCGCCACGCCAUCGAUGCCCACAUGCAGUCCAUCCCAGCUGUUCUAGAGAUCCCUUCCAAAGAGCAUCCGUACGAUGCCUCCAAGGACUCCAUCCUGCGACGUGCCAAGGGCAUGUUCUCCGCAGAGGACUUCCGAUAAACAGUGAACACAUGCUGACGGAUGGCCACAACCCUGACAUGUUCUGUAUCAAUAGUGAAUUUGUGAUCAUGGUCAUUCCUUCUGACUGUUUGUGUUCCUGCCCUGGAAACUGAUGAGUUUCAGAUUCCAGGAAGUUGGUGUUGUCAUGUGACUGAUGUAAAAUGGAAACUAUUUGUGACUGUUUGUGUUAACUUAUAAAACUCCAAGUUGUUGGAAAUAAAGUAUGUUUGUGUGAA